AUGUGUGUGUGUUUGUGCGUGCGUUACGUUGAUGUCAACAAUAACAGUCGCUUGCAGAAACCAUCCUUCAAAACGGCCGAAGAGAAGAACUUGAAACGAUAUUCUGUUGCUAACGGUCGAAUUACCCAUCGAAGUGAUUCGACAAAAAUUAAGUCUGCCUCUCCAUCAACUAAUCACAUCACGUCCGUCACUACUAAACAUGUACCAAAAAUGGAAUCCUUAGAAUCGUUUCCAUCGAUAUUGUCAUCGUCAAGACCUUCUCAACUCACUUCCUCAGAAACAUCAAGCUACAGUUCUGGUUCAAGACGUCGUAAAAGUACACCACGUAGACUGGAUGUCAGCUCUACGGUUGACUUACCUGCAUCAGAUCUUCGUGCGAAUGUUUCACCAAAACCAGAUGCAACUAAAUUUACUCCGAUGAAAAUGGAACAGUGUAGUGAUGAUCACACUGAGGAAGAACUGUUCAGCGAAACUCUUCCCUGCGGACAACAA